AGCACUUCAUACCACUUGUCUGGCUCCGUCUUCGCACUUGAUGUUGGGGUGAACUGAAGGGCUGCUAUCUCGCGUGAAAAUGGCCAAAUCCCCGCCGCCGAUGCUGCUUUCAAUCCUUUUGUUCCUAAUUCCAACUCAUCGAGUAAAUGGAGAGAGCAGCACGUUGGAGUCCGUGCCUGAUCUUGAGAAAGCAAUGUACUUGAAUCUUGAAGCAUACGCAUGUGUUCGGCUUUUGAAUCUCUCGGGUGAAAUUGGUUGUUCAAAUCCUGGCCGUGGAAAAGUUGUUGCGCCCAUUUCGAGAUUAAAGGACGCUCAGGACCAGUUGGCGGGUGCACGGGCGCUUUUGGUGCCCCUAGCAGAAAUGAGAAGUUUCUUUCACAGGGUUUCUAAUGAUCCACAUUUUGCAAAAAAUAUUGCUGGUGUUUUGGUCGACUCGACCGGACCACAGAAAAUUUUGGCCGGGUUUUCACCAGCUGAGAAAUUUCCACAAGCUGAAUUUGCACCAUAUCGGGACCUCAGUUACGGAUGGAACCUUGCUGGUUCUGGUAUUAUGCGGAAUCACUACAAUUUCCCUGUAUUUUUACUCUCUGAGGAGAGUACUUCAAUGGUGCAAGAGACUGUAGCUACAAAUGAGAAGAGCAAAAAUGCUUAUCCAGUAGGUGUUGCAGAGUUUGACCUAGCCAUGCAGACAACAAAUGCUGGAACACGUGAUUCUGAAUCUUGUCUCAGAGAGAGGACUUGUUUGCCGUUAGGUGGAUACAGUGUCUGGUCUUCACUACCACCGAUAAAUGUUUCGUCUUUGGAGUCACCAAAGCCUAUCUUGAUGGUGCUUGCUUCUCAAGAUUCUGCCUCCUUUUUUCGUGACAAAAGUCUUGGUGCUGAUUCUCCAUUGUCUGGAUUGAUUGCAAUGCUGGCUGCAGUUGAUGCUCUUUCUCAUGUUGAUGGCUUGGAUGAGUUUAAAAAACAGAUUGUUUUUGCGGUUUUCACUGGAGAAGCUUGGGGAUACCUUGGUAGCAGGAGAUUUCUACAUGAACUAGAUUUGAGUGCAGAUGCUGUUAAUGGCCUUAAUGGCACCAUGAUUGAGCAGGUCUUGGAGAUGGGAUCUGUGGGGAAAGGCUUUGGUCAAGGUGCCACAACUUUCUAUGCUCACCUGCAAGGGGAUUCAUCUGCUAGAAAAGAAAUCUUAAGUGCUUUCCAGACUGCCAGUAAUUCGCUUGGUUCAGACAAUGUUAAUGUCAAAGCAGCAGAUGAAUCAAAUCCUGGUGUACCUCCAUCUUCGAUAAUGUCAUUUUUAAGAAAGAACUCUUCAGUUUCAGGAGUUGUUUUGGAGGAUUUUGAUACUUCCUUUGCCAACAAGUUUUAUCACAGCCAUCUGGAUAACCCUUCAAAUAUCAACUCGUCAUCAGUAGCUGUGCUGGUUGCUCGUGCCAUUUAUGUUAUGGCUAGUGGCCGCUCACCAUUAGAUCUUAUGACAUUAAACUCCAUUAAAGUUAAUGUCUCAAUGGUUGAAGAACUGGUGGGAUGCCUGUUGACUUGUGAUCCCGGCCUUUCUUGUGACAUUGUGAAAAAUUUUAUUUCCCCUAGCAGUUCCUGCCCAAAUCACUAUGUUGGUGUUUUUCUUGAUUCACCUUCUGACACAGAGCAUCCUCAGUAUGCCACUGAUACUUCUAGAUUUGUCUGGAACUUUUUGGCGGAAAAGACAUCCACUCCAAAGAAUAAUUUAAGUUCCUGCACAGGAGAGUGUAGCAAUAGUUAUGAAGUAUGCAUAGGAGCAGAGACGAAUGGAGGUAGAUGUGUGAUCUCCACAACCAGAUACAUUCCAGCAUAUUCUACACGGCUAAAGUUUGAGGAUGGAUCAUGGCAUGUUAUGCCUGUGGACGCCUCUGAUUCGAUGGGCGCAGUGGAUCCAGUAUGGACAGAAAGCUUUUGGGAUACAAUUGGAGUGCGAGUUUAUACAGUUCAAAGUUCAUCAUAUGAUCGCCUUAUUCUUGUUGCUGGAGUGAUUCUCACCGUAUCUUCUUACAUUGCAGCUACCUACAUCAGAAAUUACCUCUCGAAAGCUCUAAAGAGGGAUUGAUACACAAGAAAGCAAAGGUUUGGACAAUUAUAUUACGGGAUUCUGUAUUAUUUUGCUUGAAGGCUGUGAAACAAGUGGAUUGGUCUGGGUUUUAUUCCGGGUUUACUUGAGCUACAGAAUGUACUUUUACAUGUGUAGCGUAGAGUUAACAUAGUUGCUGGAAGUACCAAUUUUACACGUAAAAAGGAACUAUUUAUCUAUUUACCUGUAGAUAUCAAGCUCUAGUGGUCUUUUAUCAGCGUGCAAAGUGUUAUGGUUAUUUACCACAAUUCAGCGGGAACUUUUGAAAAUUGUGAGCAUGACGAAUUAUGAUGGCUAAUGAUUAACAGGGAGAAAGAUGCAUGAGCAAAAUAUAUCAUGUCCAGGAAUGAAAGAUUCUCUUUUAUGGUCCAAGAAGCAUGUGAUGUACUUUCCUUAUACUUCUCGGAGCAAAUAAUUGAGAGUAAGGUGAUCUGGACUAUGUAGUGGCGUGAUAAAAUGUCGAAACCAUCUCCCUCCUUGGUAUCUUUACAGAUUGGAAAGCUCUGUACCGUGUGGAACGUUCUGAUAGGAUUUCUGCUUAAUUUUAUUGA